AGAGCAAGGUUGGAAACUUCAACAUUGAAGCGGUAAACUCCAAGAAACAGAUAACCAGCCAAGAGCAGCUAUGAAGUCCUGGAUUCUUUUGCUGCUGUGUAUAGCAUGUUGCACGGCAUUCCCUGCUGGGACCCUGACAGACACAGAAAAGAAUGAUGGGAAGUUUGCUGAGGAGUUCUUGAAAAAAUACUUCAGCCUUCAGACAGACGGGCUCCGCCUUGCAAAAAAGAAGGGCAGCAAUGCAUUUUCAGAGAAAAUCCGUGAAAUGCAAGACUUCUAUGGUUUGGAGGUCACUGGAACACUGGACGAAGAAACCUUAGAUGUGAUGCAACAACCUCGUUGUGGGAUUUCUGACGUGGGCAAUUUUAGAGCCUUCCCUGGAAACCCUGUGUGGAAGAAGAAAGACCUGACAUACAGAAUUCUGAACUAUACCCCAGAUAUGACCAGGGAGGAGGUGGAUCGGGCCAUUCAAAAGGCUUUCAAGGUCUGGAGUGAUGUUACCCCACUAACCUUCACAAGGGUCAAUGAUGGUGUCGCUGAUAUUGAGAUCUCAUUUGCAGCUCAAGUUCAUAAUGAUUUUUAUCCUUUUGAUGGCCCCUAUGGUACCCUGGCACAUGCAUUUGCCCCUGGAAAUAACAUUGGAGGGGAUGCACAUUUUGACGAAGACGAAGACUGGACAAGUGGAUCAGUUGGUUUCAACUUGUUCCUUGUGGCUGCUCAUGAGUUUGGUCAUUCACUUGGGCUCUUCCAUUCUAAUGACCCUAGUGCCCUUAUGUACCCAACCUACCAUUACGUCGAUCCCAGUACAUUCCAGCUUCCUCAGGAUGACGUCAAUGGAAUCCAGUCGCUAUAUGGAGCAAGGACAAAGCCUGCUGAACCAUCAACACCAAGCAACCCAACAAACUGCCCCCCAAACAUAACAUUUGAUGCUAUAACAACAUUGCGUGGGGAAAUUUUGUUCUUUAAACACAGAUCCUUCUGGCGUAAGAUCCCCAAUAAUUCAGAAAUUGAGCAUCAUGAGAUCAGGACAUUCUGGAGUUCUCUUCCCAGUGGAAUUCAGGCAGCCUAUGAAAAUCAGGAAAAGGACCAAGUGCUUCUCUUUAAAGGAACAAAAUACUGGGCUCUUAAAGGCUAUGACAUUGAGGAGGGAUUCCCAAAGAGCAUCUACCAACUUGGAUUUCCCCAGACUGUAAAGAAAAUUGAUGCAGCUGUACACGUUGAAGAAACGGGAAAAACAUACUUCUUUGUUAAUGAUCAGUAUUGGAGUUAUGAUGAAGAAAAAUUGCAAAUGGAUAAAGACUCUCCUCGGAGCAUCAUUAAUGGUUUCCCAGGUGUUCCAAACAAGGUGCAAGCAGUCUUCCAGUCAAAUGGAAUGCUCUAUUUCUUCAAUGGCAAUCGACAGUACGAAUUCAGCAUAACGAAGAAGAGAGUCUUGCGCCUGCUAAAGCACACCAGUUGGUUGAACUGCUAAUCCAGAGACACCAGCAGUGAUGCAAGCAAUCUAAUGAACAGCGUUCAAUAAGCACCUUAUGCUCUUUUUAACAUUUAAUUUAAUUUUUAAUUUAUAUAAACAUAAAUAUUUGUGUUGUUUUGUAUUAUUAUAAUAUGCAUUCUACAUUUUUUGGUAUUUAUGUUUUAUAUUAAGUCUAUUAAAUGUAUUCAUUUUUC